AUGCUCCAGUCACCACCCUUCUUCCUGCGGCCGGCCCGCAAAGUGCCUCGGUACUCUGUACGGCCGUUUUACACUUCGAUAGCCGUUUUUACAACACUGACAAUAUUGAGCUUGCUUAUUGCAUGGGUUGGAAAAGGUCAAGCCGAUCGUACUACAGCGGGCACACUUCUUCUCAAGCGCGAUAACGAGCCAGAGUGUCGUCUCGUACGUGAAGUCAAAGAUCAAUGCGCAUAUGUCCGUGACAAUUGCCCAGAUCACCAAGAUGGCCUAUUCUCUUAUUUACAGCUAUACUACUGCGCCCUCCCGAAUGCAAAACCGCUUGCGUUUCUCAUCUUGAUCCUCUGGUUAUCGCUCCUCUUCAGUACCAUCGGAAUCGCUGCUAGUGAUUUUUUAUGUAUCGACUUGAGUACACUGGCGAGCAUUCUGGGCUUGAGCGAGAGUCUCACGGGCGUUACUUUCCUCGCAUUCGGCAAUGGAAGUCCCGAUGUUUUCUCAACCUUCGCCGCCAUGCGCUCGAAUAGUGGCAGCCUAGCCAUUGGCGAAUUAAUCGGAGCUGCAAGUUUCAUCACUACUGUCGUGGCCGGCUCCAUGGCUCUAGUUCGCCCCUUCAAGGUCGCGCGAAGGAGCUUUGUCCGGGAUGUUGGUUAUUUCGUGAUCGCCGUCACCUUCAGCAUGUUUUUGCUAGCCGAUGGACGGCUUCAUGUUUGGGAAUCGGCUGCAAUGGUUGCUCUAUAUGCCUUCUACGUUUUUAUGGUUGUGACAUGGCACUGGUAUCUGGUUCGGCGUCGAAAACGUCACGAAAGGGACAUGGCAGCACGGACACAUUUCCAUAUCCCUGACAACCAGGAGCUGGAGUACGAGCAACCUUUGGAUGACGAUGAUCCAGGCGUUGCAUCAGAUUGGAAGGAGGAGGACGAGGAGGACGACGAAACCCGCAACCGGUAUUUAGCCGAGAUUCGAGACAAUAUGCACGUUUAUCGACCUCAGUAUCGAUCGAGACGAAACACUAUGAAUCCGAUCCGAGCAAGUCUUGUUGGUGCGCUGGAAUUUCAAUCCGUGCUGCACUCGCUUGAGAAAUCGAGAAAUAUCAGACACGGGGCGACAAGCAGCCUGGGCAGCUAUUCGGACGAAGGCAAUUCGUCUGCUCAGUCUUGGGACACUAGAUCUGUAGCAUCUCAUCCUCGUGCUACCCGGCCCUCUGCGCCUAAUGACCGCCUGUCGCCGCAUAGCGCGGAAGGCUCUAGGGCUCGAGCAGUGUCAGCCAAUGAUGCUGAUAGAGUUGAACUGGACCCCAGUGUGCUAGGUCGUUAUCAAGAGGAGGUACCACAGCUUACUAUUAGACGGCCUUCUGAGGAGGUGCCCACUCGACAAUCUGUGCAGCCACCUCGAAUCGAUACGAAUUUGGCAAUAACGCUCUCUCCCUCGGCAUCUACACAGGCAUCGCCAAGCGGAAGCCCCGUUGCCGCGGAUGCUCCCCAAACACCCGACCUACUAGCUCCACCAGCCGCUUUCAGCUCUCCCAACUAUCAAUCAAGCAUGACUCAUGACCGAUCGCCACAAGCAGUGUCGCCACGAGGCACCAGCCGCAGCUAUCAAUCCAUGGCCGUCUUAGAAAGUCCUUCGGCCCCGUUCCCGAUAUAUGUCGACGACACUUCAGCUCCGUCAUCGCGCGCACCCAGUAUCCGUCUACCCAAUCCAGUGGCCAGUCCAGCAGAACAGCUCCUUGUUCAUGAUCCCUUUGACGAUAGGCUCACGGAUAGCUCUUCAUGUCGGUUGAGAAAAUGGUGGCCUGAUUCUGUCUUACCUCCCCCUCAGCAACUUGCAUGUACACUUUUCCCAACACUGGCUGGCUGGAAAGGCAGAAGCAUCAUGGGACGUUUUCUAGGGAUAGUUGCUGCGCCAAGCGUGUUUCUCCUAACAAUCACUGUGCCAGUCGUCGAGCCCCAGGCUUCAGAAUAUGACGAACCAGACCCAAUACCGGCGGUGGUCAUCGAACAAGUCGAUACUGAUGGACCUGCUCCAAGAAUAAGACUACCAGCGGACAGUCCUACCAUCCAUCCCAUGGGACAUGGUCAUAAUGAUUCUAUUCCCGGGAUAACAACGACACAUCCUCAUCCGCACAAACAUUCACAUGACGACUCUUACAGGCGACCCCGCUGGGACUCGGAGCUGCCAGCAGCACCCCCGCCUCCAGCAAUUGACUCUGUAACGUCCGUCAAGGACUGGAACCGCUGGCUGGUCUCAAUUCAACUGUUCACGGGCCCAUUCUUCUUCGCCCUGAUUGCCUGGACUACCGCAGACACGUCCCUCAAUCCACGCAACUUCAUCCUCCCAGCCCUGAUAUCUCUGCUCUUCUCUUUCAUCUGUCUCGCACUCCUAAUCAUCACGACACGCAGUCGCCCAUAUAAUCGACUCUCCCGAACAAACCACUCAGAGCAGCAGCACGAUUCUACCGCCCCAGAACUAGAACCACACCCACAACCUCUCCCACACUCAUGGAGACCCGUCCUCUCCAUGCUCGGCUUCCUAGUCGCAAUAUCCUGGAUCGCAACAAUAGCCACAGAAGUCGUCUCCCUCCUCAAAACCAUCGGCGUAAUCCUCGACAUCUCAGACUCCCUCCUCGGCCUAACCGUCUUCGCCGUCGGUAAUUCCCUCGGCGACCUCGUCGCCGACAUCACAGUCGCAAGACUCGGAUAUCCCGUCAUGGCUCUGAGCGCCUGCUUCGGCGGACCCAUGCUCAACAUCCUACUCGGUAUCGGUCUGGGCGGGUUAUACAUGACUGUCAAUCGAUCAGGUACUCCGUCCCGCCGUGACGAGAUCUUUGCUGGCGGGAGUGGGGGCGGCAUCACUGCUGUGGAAACCUCUUACGAGAUUGAAAUCUCCAAGGUCUUGGUUAUCAGUGGUGCUACCUUGCUUGUUGUUCUGGUCGGUCUUUUGAUCGUCGUUCCGCUGAAUGGUUGGCGCAUGGAUAAGAGGAUUGGGUGGGGGCUUAUUGUUGUUUGGUGUAUUAGUACCAUUGGCAAUGUGAUUGCGGAGUUAACAUAA